CACUUCCGAAUAAUUAUACAUAAAUAUAGCUUGCAGGCGUUGGUUCGAGAGUUCGGAAAAGUUUUAGUUAUUGGUGUAUGAACUGGUCACACAAAUUUGAUGAAUUAGAGUCGUAUUGCAGAAGGCAGAUUGCGCGAAAGAUUUCAGCGAUCAUGUACUGCGCAGUAUAUGGAUGUUACAGUAACAACAAAAAUAAUUCUGACAAUUCUAUUCAUUUUUUCACUUUCCCAAACGGCGUAAAAAAUACAGAUGAAAAAAAACGAGAAAAAAUUUGUAUUGAAUUUUGUAAAAGAAAGGGUUACAAACCUACAAAGAACUCGACUAUUUGCUCUCUGCAUUUUGAGAACGAUGCCUAUAUACCAUCUUGUUCACCGUCUUUUUUAAAUUCAAUUAACUUCUUGGGGAAAAAGAAAGCCAUGCUAAAGGGUGAUGCUAUACCCACAUUAAAUAAACCCAAGACCGCAAGUAAAGCUGAAAAACUAACUGCAAAGAGUCGAUGCACAGGCAGUCACUCGAGAAGAAAGGAUAUUGAUGCCAUGGUAGGAGAAUACAUAGAGAACAAAUGUGCCCCAGUUGAAGAAGAAAUUGUAAACGCAGAUGCAUGGAGUUCUCGUGGGGAGGUUAUUUUCCAUGAGAACUCAGAUUUAAUCCAAACAACGCACCUUGCUAGUUCUGUGUCAAAAAGAAAAAUUACACAAAAUAAAAAAGACAAAGCGACACAAAUUGGAAAGCCGUGCAGAUGCUACAAUAAUCGAAAACAAUUUAAAAGUGUCGCUGUUCAAACAUUCAUAACGGCAGAGAGACUAAAGGCAGACCUUUUUACAACAAGUGCAAAAAUAACAUCCACUAGUUCACAGACAGAUGAAACAAAAGCCACUCUGGGUAGUGUACAGUUGCCAUUUGGCACAUCUGAUAUUGGUCUUGACGAUAACAGAUUUUCAAAAACUGUGGACAAAAAUGAUACAAAUGAAUUUGAUCAGGAGCAAGAUACAGAUAGUGAAGAAUUCUUACUUGGAGAUACAAAUACUGAAGACUCAGAGUUCGAAGACAAUAUUAACAGCAAUGUAGAAUCUAAAUGCACGAGUAAGAUUUUGCCACGCAACAAGCUUCCGCAAGAUCAAAGGAAAUUUAUUGUGUUUGAAGAUUCCCUGGUUGAAUGUUUCGAUCGCUGCUCUAAAUGUGGUAGUAAAUACCUUGUUAGCGUAGCAAACACCAUUGGAACCUUUUCCAGAAUAUCCGUUCAAUGCGUACUAGACGAAACCCAUAGCUUUACAUGGUGCACAGGCCCCUUGUGUAAUAGACUACCGGUAUUUCACCUGAUGCUGGCCUCAGGCAUCUUGGCCACAUGGCUAGAAUGUGCUAAGGUUCUUCGACUUCUCAGUGCAUUGAAAAUAAAAUGUUUCACACGUCGUGAAUUUUCAAGAUUGCAAUCGGCGUAUGUUAUACCUGCCGUGUUCAAUGUUUGGGGGGGUGAGAAAAAGAGAUUGUUACAAAAACUUAAAGGACAAACUUGCUGUAUUGCGUCAGAUAUGCGAGUAGAUAGCCCAGGUCACAGCGGGUUGUUUGUUUCCGGGACCUCUUUGGAUGUCGAUAACAAUGUCAUACUUGAUACACAGAUCAUAAAGAGCACUGAAGUCAAGAAUUCCAACGCCAUGGAGCUAGAAUCCAUCAAGCGUCAACUCGCAUACCUUGAAAAGGGUGAUGUUAAAAUUACCAAGCUUGUGACUGACAGACACAUCCAGGUUACAUCUUUCAUGGCUAAGGAGAAGCAGCUAAUUCUCUAUUUGAGAGAAAAAGAGGUUACUUAAACUUGUAAAAAAGAAGAAAUUUUGUGCAAUUAAGCCUUGGAUUGGGGUAGCUACAUUUAAAAAAUGUAUAUCAUGCCAUUCCAGAGGAGUAUGAGUGAUACUUGUAGCUAUAUCUUAAACUUUAUCUAACAGUCCAUCAUAAAUCAUUUGUAUUGGGUGGCAAGCUCAUUCAGCACUGAAAUUGAAAAAGAAGAAAAGUGGAAAAGUUUGGCAAAUCACAUUGCUGAUAUUCAUACUCACGAAGACAACAAGGUGUUUACCAAAUGCUUGCAUGAAGCUACUAAACGGCAAUGGUUAAAAAAAGGUAGUGCAGCUCA